AUGAUGGCAACUCCCAAGCUCACCUGGCUUAUCACCGGCUGCUCUUCCGGCUUCGGUCUCUCCUUGACCCGCGCCGCCCAGGCCGGCGGACACAAAGUCAUUGCGACCUCGCGCAAUCCAUCGCGCACACCCGACCUCGUCACUGAGAUCGAAUCCAAGGGAGGAAAAUGGCUGGAAGCUAACGGCCACCACAUCGACGUCCUAGUCAACAAUGCCGGUUAUUGUACAUUCGCCCCCGUCGAGACCUUCGAAGAAGACGAGGUACGAUCCCAGAUGGAGACUAUGUACUUUGGUCCCUUGCGACUUAUCCGGGCUGUGCUGCCUCACAUGCGCCAGCGAAAAUCCGGGAUUAUCGUGAACAUGAGUAGUGGUGCUUCACUGGAUGGCAUGCCCACUAUGGGUGUUUACGCCGGAGCAAAGGCUGGCAUGGAUGCUCUUAUCAAGGUCCUCGCUAAGGAAGUUGCCCCAUUCAACAUCCGUACUCUGACUGUCAUUCUCGGAACAUUCAAUACUAGUUUUUUGAACUCGAUCGUUCUAGCGAAGACCGCCUUACCCGAGGAUUAUAAGACGACCGUGGUGGGGCAGGUUCAGGAUCUUAUGGUCGAUGGGAAGAUCCAGAUCAACGGUGAUAAGGACAAAGCGAUGCAGGCUUUAUACCAGGUCGUUAUUGGCGAGGGAGUGGGUGAAGGCCACCAAGCCGAGAAGCUUCUCCCUCUAGGGAGUGACAUGACCCCCCGCCUGGAGGGAGUCCGGGAUUAUCUCGGGAAUGCUUUGGAAGUGUUUGGCUCUGUGACUAACAGUGUGAACGUCGACAAAUAA